AUGGGUGGCUUCUACAUGGCAUAUUUGGAGAGUCUGUGCCGACGUCGAGGAUGGAGAGACCCCUUGUACGAGACGUAUCGGAACUCUUCUGGCUUCACCUGUCUUGUGCUCGUCAAUGGCCGGGAAUACCAAACCGAUCUCGCCUAUGCGUCUGAUGGGUUGGCUCAGGAGAACGCGGCGAUGCGGGCGUUCAUGGUGUGCCGGAACUUUUCAGUCAACGGAGGUAUGCUGGCACGGAACGGCGUUGUCCAGGGGCUACCUGCGAAUGAGAGUAGUGGCAGACACAGGAGAAAGCACCAUGGCGGUCGCAGCCAUUCUGUCAAUCUCAGCAGCAGUUCUUCCACAGCGUCAUCGGAGUAA